GGGAAGAGUUUCAGCGGGAAGAGGCUGCGGAGGGAGGAGCUUGCAAGAGGAGCCCCUCUGCCUGCUCGUCGCCCCUCCCCGAGCCGCCCGCUUGCUCCCGGCUCUCGCGUCCGCCGGCAGCCUUGCAGUGGGAGCCGAAGGGGCGCCUGGGCGAGGGCAACAUGCGGAGCCCCUCCGUCUGCUUGGCUGCUCUCCUGCUGGCGGUGGCCGCGCGCUUCAGCCUUGCGUACCAAGGAUCGGGAUACUCACCGCUAGAAGAUGAUGAAGACGUGUAUGCACACAAUAGAUAUAAAGAUACACCAUGGUGCUCUCCUAUCAAGGUGAAAUACGGCUAUGCCAGCUGCAGAAGCCCUCGCGGAGGGUAUUAUAAAAACGUCUUGGGAACAAAAUGCGACAUUCGUUGUCAGAAAGGCUAUGAGCUGCACGGUCCCCAGGAGCUUAUGUGUCAGUCAAACAAACGCUGGUCUGGCAAAGUUUUGUGCAAACAAAAACGUUGCCCAACCCUUUCGAUGCCAGGAAAUGGAGGAUUCAAGUGUUUAGAUGGUGCAUAUUAUAACUCCAGGUGUGAGUAUUAUUGUUCACCAGGAUACCAAUUAAAAGGAGACCGAAUAGUACAAUGUAUGGAUAACAAACUUUGGAGUGGACGACCAGCUUCUUGUGUUGAUAUGGAGCCGCCUAGAAUCCAGUGCCCAAGUGUAAAGGAGAAAACGGCAGAGCCCAAUAAACUGACAGCCAGAGUGUUCUGGGAAACCCCAGAGGGAAGGGACACUGCAGAUGGCAUUUUGACAGAUGUUAUUUUGAAAGGACUACCACCAGGAUCACAUUUUUCAGAGGGAGAUCACAAGAUCCACUACACUGUGUUUGACAGAGCUGGGAAUAAGGGAACGUGCAGAUUUUAUGUUAAAGUUAAAGUCAGACGUUGCGGGAAACUGAAUGCUCCAGAAAAUGGCUACAUAAAAUGUUCUGGUGACGGGGAUAAUUAUGGCGCAACCUGUGAAUUUUCCUGCAUCGGUGGAUACGAAUUGCAGGGAAGCCCAGCACGAGUUUGUCAGUACAAUUUAGGCUGGUCAGGAACAGAGCCAACCUGUACACCCAUGAACAUUAAUGUUGGUGUGAGGACCGCAGCAGCCCUCCUGGACCAGUUUUAUGAGAAACGGAGGCUGCUCAUUAUAUCCACUCCGACUGCAGCCAAUUACUUCUAUAGAUUGCAACUGGGAAUGCUGCAGCCAGCACUGUGUGGUUUAGAUCUCCGGCACGUGACCGUGAUUGAGUUGGUUGGAGUCUAUCCAGCACAGCUGGGAAGAAUAGGCUUGAGACUGAUGCCUCCUGCGCUGGCUUUGCAACUCAGGUUGUUGCUCCGCAUUCCCCACUAUAACUUCAAUAUGGUGGUGGUUGAUAAACAUGGUGUGGACAAAGAACGAUAUCCUUUCCCAGCGACUCCUGCUGAGCUCUUUGCUCUCAUUGAUACUUUCCCUUUGAGAAAAGAAGAAAUGAAACUGCAAGCAGAAGCUGGCCAGUCCUGUCCCUGAGUCUGGAUUACAGCCAUUCGCAUUGUGGUGUGUUGCUGCCCCCCCUGCCCCUCUGGUGCUACUACACAAAGCAUGGUAUUAUGGAAGUCACUGAUGUACAGAUUCUUUUU